AUGUAUUUCUACCCCUGUCGGAGUCGCUGUGACCCCCCUGUGCCCCUCCUGCUUCCCUCCCUCCCUCUCUGCUCGCUUCAAGAGCAGCACAGUGGAGAGCAGCUUGGUGCUCGUCGUCGUCGCCAGCCUUGCCCCUCCUCCUCCUCCUCCUCCUCCGCUUCCCAUCUUUCUGCCUCCACCCACGCCUCACGCGACUCCCCUCGUCCUCUUUCGCUUCCCCCCUUCCCUUCCUCCAUCUGCGUCGACCUCGCCGGACUGCGUUUGCGCUCGACUGGUCCCGUACCGACCCGCCAAAGGCCUCCGGAUCCGCGACGUUAUAUGAAUCCUGGCGACCCACGACGGAAAAAAAUAGACUCGUCGAUACGUCUGCCUGUCGCAGCGACCUGCUUCAUGGCGCAGAACUCAAACGUCGAGAAUGGGUCCCGCGACCCGACCCAUACGCCGUCGCAGCGAUAUCUGAGCACUCGCGGUGACGACUACGGCGUAAGCAAAUGCCCCCCCCCCCCCCUCGAACCUUUCCUCGCCCUCCUCGGGCCAUGUCUCCCGGCGCCGGCAACCAUGCGUGCCUGGCGGCCCAUCUUGCCCUCCAUCGGUGCCGUCCUUCUCCAAUGCCGCCCCUGGCUGAUCUCUCGCCCUCAGCUGUCCUUUGAAGAGGUUGUCCUCAAGGGUCUCGCCACCGACGGCGGCCUCUACAUUCCCGAAGCGAUCCCCAAAGCCUCGUCGUGGGAAAGCUGGAAGGACCUGAGCUACCCCGAGCUGGCCUUUGAGAUCCUUUCCCUCUUCAUCUCCCCUUCCGAAAUCCCCUCGGCCGAUCUCAGGGACGUCAUCGCCCGCAGCUACUCGACCUUUCGGAGUCCGGCCACGACGCCCCUCGUCCACCUGCAAAACAACCAUUACCUCCUCGAGCUCUUCCACGGCCCCACCUUCGCCUUCAAGGAUGUCGCCCUGCAGUUCCUCGGCAACCUCUUCGAGUACUUCCUCGUGAGGAAAAACAAGGACAGGGAGGGCAAGGAUCGGCAUCAUCUGACCAUUGUCGGCGCCACCAGCGGAGACACCGGUUCCGCCGCCAUCUACGGCCUGAGGGGCAAGACAGACGUGUCCGUCUUCAUCAUGUACCCCAAGGGGCGCGUGAGCCCCAUCCAGGAGUUGCAGAUGACGACGGUGCCCGACAAGAACGUCCACAACCUUGCCAUCUCGGGAACCUUUGACGAUUGCCAGGACAUUCUCAAGUCCAUCCUCGCCGACGCCGACGCCAACAAGUCACUGAACCUCGGCGCCGUCAACUCGAUCAACUGGGCCCGAAUCCUGGCCCAGAUCGUCUACUACUUCCACUCCUACUUCUCCCUCGUCAAGGCCCAGCCCGACUUCAAGCUCGGCGACAAGCUUCGCUUCGUCGUGCCGUCGGGCAACUUUGGCGACAUCCUAGCCGGCUACUUCGCCAUGCGCAUGGGACUGCCGACCCAGAAGCUCGUCAUCGCCACCAACGAAAAUGACAUUCUCGAUCGAUUUUGGAAGUCGGGCAAGUACGAGAAGAUGAAGGCCCGUGGCCCUGACGCCGAGAACGGCCUCGCCGUGGACGGUGCCCACGCGCACCCCGACGGCGUCAAGGAGACGCUCAGCCCCGCCAUGGACAUUCUCGUCUCGAGCAACUUUGAGCGCCUCCUGUGGUACCUCGCUUACGAGUUCGCCGAGACGGCCGGCAUGGACGACCUGUGGAACAAGAAGCAGGCCGGCCAAGAGGUGAGCAAAUGGCUCAACGAGCUCAAGUCCACCGGCUCCUUCGGCCCCGUCUAUCAGGACGUGCUCAAGUACGCGAAGCGCGACUUUGAGAGCGAGCGUGUCGACGACUCUCAGACCAUCGAGACCAUUCAGACACUGUAUCGGAGCAUCGGCUACGUCCUCGACCCCCACACGGCCGUCGGAGUCGCCGCGACGAUGAGGUCGGCCGAACGCGCCGGGCCCGACGUCCGCCACAUCUCCCUCUCCACCGCCCACCCUGCCAAGUUCUCCGGUGCCGUCGAGCUCGCCCUGCGCGACGAGGAGGGCUUCGACUUCAAGAAGCAAGUUCUCCCCGUCGAGUUUGUGGGCCUCGACAAGAAGGAGAAGAGAGUGACGGACGUGGAAAACGACUGGCGCAAGGUGCUCGAUCUCGUCAAGUCCCAGGUAGCGCAAGAGCUUGCAGAAGCUUGA